AUGCUUUGCGAAUUAUGCGCACGUAUCAAUGUGACCGAAUUGAUCGACUUGGCGAAAACCAAUUACCAGAAUUCCAAAAAGGAGCAGAAUGGCGAAGCAGCGUCGGAAUUCUUGUAUUGGAAACAUGCAGCCACAUAUGAAGAUUUGAAAGAAGCUGCGCAAGCGGGCUGCGAACUUUGUCAUGUUCUGCUGCGGGCGCUGGAUGCAAAGAUGCGGCAUUCGGAGGAGGGACUCGUUACGUAUAGAGAUGCGUUGGUGCAGAUGGAGAAGGAGGGGAGCUCGUUGGGCUUUCAUGUUACGAUUGAUUCGGAGGAUAGUGAGUUUCAUGGGAUCCUGGAACCACGGGCCAUACCGCGCGAUAUGGAAGUCUAUUUGAAGGACCGGUUUGCGACUGGUAAACCUCGCGCGUUGUCUAAUACGUUGGGAAACUCGUCUGCUGCGUCGACGUUGAAUGUAGUGCCGAUGGAAAUGCCCAAUGCAGAGGGUAUGGAGAUUGGAAGCUUGGAAUCUGCAGCGCCGAAGAUUAGGCCGUUUACUGGAGGGGAAAGACCCGAUCAGAGCUUCAGAUAUGAUCAUCCACUUACAGAUGCGACAGGACAAGCUAAAUUUGUUGGUCCCUUUCAGAUCGGUCAUUUUACUCUUGAUCCGGAUCUGAGAUCUGAAACUAACUUCAGUAUCGCUCGAGAUUGGAUUAAAACGUGCAGUGAAGAUCACGAUGAAUGUCCUGACAUGGAUGAAAAACCACUUCCUACGAGGGUCAUUGAUGUUGGUUCACAUGACCGAGAACCUUUGCUCGUCUCCACGAAUCAUCAAAUGGGUAGAUUCAUAGCACUUAGUCAUUGCUGGGGUGGUUCAGUAGGAGAAAAAGCCAAAUUGACUGUGGAAAAAGUCGAGCUAUUCAAAAAAAGAAUCCCAAUGUCGGAUCUACCAGCAAAUUUUGUAGAUGCGAUUUUGAUCACUCGAAGUCUUGGGCUGAAGUACCUAUGGAUUGACUGUCUAUGCAUCAUACAAGACUCACGGGAAGACUGGGAAAUAGAAUCCAAUCAUAUGGGAGACGUCUAUCACGAUGCCGUAGUAACACUCGCCGCCGCCGCUGCAUCCAAGGCCACGGAUGGCAUGCUGCAUACCUUUCGCUCGUAUGAUCUCACAGGCGGUCCAGCCAUCAAGCUUAAACUAUCUCACGAAAGCACUUCGGAGGACACUGUCGAUAUCGUGCAUCGAGACUCUAUGCGCGAAGAUCUCAGACACCUCCUAUACAAAGGACCCCUCGCCAACCGCGGCUGGACGCUCCAAGAAGAAGUCCUCUGUCCCCGAACCCUCUACUACGGACACCAACAACUCCACUGGCAAUGUCUGCACCAGUAUUCCUCCGGCGACGGCAUCCACGACUACGAUAUGCAUCGCCAACGCGCGUUUCGGUAUGAGCGAAUCAAAGAUCGCAUUUUCAAACAAACAAACAGUCCGGAUCAGGAUCCCCACGAUCCGAAAGAUGUGAACCAGAUCCUGCUGGAGUAUCAUGGCGAGAUGGUCGCGGAUUAUUGUACGCGCAGUCUAACAUUCCCUGCUGAUAAGUUCCCUGCCUUUUCGGGCAUUGCGUCGUUGGUGCAUGGGGAGUUAAAACAUGGCGGUUAUCUGAAUACAAUUUACCUGGCAGGAAUAUGGAGUAGUCAUUUGAGAGAAGGAUUCCUUUGGUACUACGGAAAGAAAGCCACCUCAUCUCCUCCUCCAAAUCCCAACACCAAUCCAAUACCAAGCUACAUCGCACCAUCAUGGUCUUGGGCAUCAGUGAAUGGAAAAAUCGAAACUUUCUUCACAAAAUACCUGACUCCUACCCAUCUAGAUCCGACUCUCCUCUCCCACAACAUUGCUCUCGCGAGCACGAAUCCCUACGGCGCAAUCACAAGCGCAGAGUUACUUAUCCAGGGUUCUAUCCUCUCAAUGCGAAAAGCCACAGAUCACGCGAGCACAUCUCUAUCUUCCGGAGAGAUAUUUUGGGAUCCCGAUCCCAAUCCCAAUCCCAACCCAAAUUCAGAGACCUCACGAGGAUUUGGAAGACGGAGCAAUAUCUGGAUGGUCCGGGAGAAAGAAGGCGAGCCCUGGCUCGUGACCAGGAAGAACGAUGAAAAAGACGCAGAGGAGGAACCCGAAAAGAAACCCGACACAACGAGAACAAAACAGAAACAAGAAACAAACUCGUCGAAAUUCAUGAAACUGCCAUAUAUAGUACUCUUCAUCGCAUCCCAGAAUCGCUACGCAUUCGGUUUAGUUCUCGAGCGAGUUGAGACGAGAAAGCCUGCGAUAUCGGAUGGAGAGGUACAUGCAGAAGAAGCGAAACAAGGGGAUGUGGAUGAAGUGGAAGAUAUCAUCGCGACGGAUUCUGGAUCUCAUUGUGAAUCUCCUGAUGAGAAGGGGGUUGAUGGUAUUGCAAGAACACUCAGCGGCAAUAUUGAUAUGCAAGAUGGAAUGGCAGGUGCAGAGGGAGAUUUGGACUCUGAUGUACCCACCUAUCGUCGCAUAGGCCUUGUGAAAUUUCAAAUCAAGGUUGCUACGAAGAAGUGGAGUUUGGAUCGAUUCAAAUGGAUGGAAAUGAAAUGGGAACGGCGGAAAUUGCGACUUGUUUGA